GAGAUUGCCGUGCCCAUGAAGACGAGUGUUUAAGAAAAAUAAAUUCUAAUUGAAUCGUCACUGCGUUAGAACUUACUGCACGAUACGUUUUAAAUCGUUGAUUUUUCCUGUAAUAAAUGUUUUUUACCGUCACUUCAUCUCAGGAAGGCCACAUUUAAGCGGGCAGAGAUGUAUCGGGGUCGGCCUUCAUCUCAAGGGGGACAUCCUCGUCCUUAUACAGGCCGCAGCUCCCCGCCCGGGAGACCCUACAACCUGCCGCCCUUAAGAGAGGACCGGGGCCGUUCACGACCACCCUACCAGCACGGCUACCACGACCACGGGCCCCCGGAUCUGUACCGGCGCUCUCCGCCGCGCAGGAGGUACCUUUCCCCUGGUAAAGGAAGUCACCGAGGCGGCGGCGAACCUCGGGGCCGAGAGAGGUCACCAUCACUGCGGGGUGGAGGGAUUCCCCUCGACCACAAUCUGGUGAUCACCGUUGGUAACGAGCUGACAGGAUCUGCCCCACCACGACACCUCCAUCAUCCACAUGACAGAGAUGACCUGCAUCGACCAGGCUUUGACCAGCCUGAUGACCGUGGAUCCAGGAGGCGGAGCCCCAGCAGGGGGCGAAGUCGUCCUCGUAGUCGCAGCCGUGACCGCAGCCGGGCUGUGAGCCGCGGGAGAAGCAAGAGCCGGGCCCGGAGCCCUAGUGUAGACCGGAGCAGGGCCAAGAGCCGUGGGAGAAGUAAGAGCCGGGCUCACAGCAGGAGUCACAGCCCCGACAGGGGCAGAGUGAAGAGCCGCGGAAGAAGCAAGAGCCGCCUCUGCAGCAGGUCCAGGACAAGGUCCAGGUCUAGGUCCAGAUCCAGAUCUAGAUCUAGAGGCCGUAGCAGGAUGAGGAGCCGCAGUCGGAGUGUCAGUACCAGUAGCACCAGCAGCAGCAGUGAGAACAGCCAGGAUAGCAAACCAGUCAGCAAGGAGUUCAGGGAGCUGAAGCAGGCCCGGCGGCGGCGAGAGGUAGAGGAGCUUCUUAGCCAACCCACCAAGUCCAUCCUGAAGAAACGUCUGGACACUGAAGACUCCCCAUCUGUCAGGAGCAUUGACUCUCCUAGAGACCUGGACACCACCAAUAUUUCACGGGUGGCAGAGAAACUGCUGACUGCUGUGAAGGGCAUGGAGCCUCACAUGCUGUCAUCCAUGCUGGCUGAGCUCCAGGCUGACCCACAGAUGGCCCAGAAAGCUGGCCUGGAUGCAGAGAUCACAGGAAUCUUGGAACUCCUGGGGAGCCAAGCGGGGGCAAAGGGCGAGGCAAAGGAUGACAUUGAAGAUGAGGAGAAGUUCCUAUAUGGAGACUCUGAGGAUCCCAAACCCCCUGCUGCUCCAGAGGCCUCCCGCCAACACAGCUUCUCAGAGCUGUAUGGAGAUGUGACAGAGGAGGUGCUGUACAGUGACUACUCCCAACCGCAUACCACCAUAGGGCAAACAUACAGCCUUCCUCCCAGGGGCCCCACUCACCUCCAGGCUGGUCCAAGCACAGGAGAACACCUCCCCAGGGACUCAAACCUGCUGCAGCAGGGUGAUGUGAGAUAUAAGAGCAAACCCACCAUCACCCCAGACCAGAACAUCACAGUCCAGGUGUCAAAUCCCAUCUACCCACCUGGGAUGGAGCCACUGGAGGAGAGCGAAAGGCAGGCAGUGGAGGAGUACGAGAAGAUCCAAGACCUCCUCAAGACCAUUGGCCUGGACCUGGGUGUGGUCGAGAUCAGCAAGAUGGCUGCCAGGACCAAGGAGCGACUCCAUGGAAACAAGCCCCCACCUAAGACCCCCACCUGGCGGCCUGACAAGAGGAAGAGGCAUUACUCAUCGGGGAGUUCUGAAGGGAAUGGGAGGCACAGGCAAAGGAGUGGCAGUGGGACUUCAGAAAGCAGUAGGAGCAGCAGAGGGAGGAGCUGGAGCGGUGAUGAUGCCUGCCGCUCUAAGACUGGCACCAAAAGUCAGGAAGUCAGAACAAGUCAAGAAGAAGUCAAGGCUGACAGGAGGGACUGGGGGCAUUCUGCUCCAAAAGAACCCCCCCCACAAAUUCCCGAUCCCAACAGCAUGCCCCCCCAGCCCCCUGCCCCCAUUCCCCCCUACGGGCAGACCCAGGUCCAUAGUGUCGUCCCCCCAAACUACCCUCCUCCUGGCUAUGGCCAGUAUGGCACCUAUAUGCCCUAUGUGCACCAGCAGUGGCCGCCUAUGUACCCGCCCCCUGGCAUGGCACCGCCCCCCCAGGCCUCCCAUGAAGAAUACCCCAGUGUCUCCCCCUAUGACCGGCCAUACAACAAACCCAUCCAACCUGAGCCUGCUGUGAAGGUGCCAUCUGUGAUGAGCAGAGAAAGUUCUAAAGGAAGCAGCCAUGACAGGAGAGUCUCUGAAGAAGAGAACAAUGAAAGUCAAAAACUAAAGGUAUUGGAGGAGCAAGAGAAGCUUCGACAGGACAGAGAGAUCCGCAUGAAGAAGAAGGAGUACCUGCUGAAGGAACUGGAAAGGCUGAGGAAACAGCAGGGGGAGCUUCUCAGAAAGAAGCGUAGGGAGAAAGAUGGCCAUAAAGACCCACUUUUAUCAGAGAUCAGCCAUCUGCAGGAGGAGGUGAUGAAACAAAUAUCGCACCUCCGCAAGGAGCAUGAGGAGGCCGAAAAGAAACGGACAGAGGUGGAAAAGGUGGCUCUGAUCCUGGGUCUCAGCUCCUCCGACAGGCCACGGAAAACCACCAAGACUGUAGUACAGGAGGCUCAGCCAUCAUUUCAGAAGAGGAGAGACCGUGAUCGGAGCCCCAAGGAAGCUCAGCUGUCCAACACCACAGCAAAGCAGAGCACUGUGUCAACGAAAGUAGAGCCAGACAGACCCGAGCUGUCAAUUGCUGCCUCAGCGCUGCCCCCAGCCCCGCCUCCUGAGCCCUUUGAAUACUAUGAUGCAGGAAACCAUUGGUGUAAAAACUGUAAUGUCACCUCGGGUUCCAUGUUUGAUUUUUUCACGCACUUACACUGCAAAGCUCACAGAAAGACGCAGGAUCCCUAUAACCGACCCUGGGCUUCCAGCCCCACCAAAACCAGCAAGGAUUUGCCUUCAGAAGAAAAACUUGUCAAACCUGCUAAAGGAUCAGAGUUCCUGCUUCCCGUAAGAGGAUUCUUCUGUCUGCUGUGUAGAGAAUUUUACGGCGAUGCUGUUUGUGCAGAGGAGCACGUGACGACUCAUGCUCACAAUGAGAAAUACAAGAAACAAAUGUAUGAAAACCCCCUGUAUGAACAAAGAAGGAACUUGGACCGGCAGGCGGGGCUAUCGCUAGAGGCCAGUGGGAAGAAACGUAAGCACGAAGAUGAAGACAGAGGCAGUAAAGAGAAGGAAGAUAAGUCUAAACAUAAGAAGGAGAAGAAGGACAAGGAUAAAAAAAAGGAGGAGGAGGAAAAAAAAGACGAGAAAUCUAAAGUUAAAAAAGAGGAAGAUGGAGGUCAACAUAAAGUGAUCAAGAAAGAGGAGGAUCCCAAAGCCAACAAGAGGGAGGAAGAGGAGAAAUUUAUGAACAACAAGAAGGAUGAGCGAUUCCGUCACAUUAGAGAGCAGGAGGAGGAGGACAAAGCCAAAUACAAUCGGAGAGAGGAGGAUCGAUAUAGAUACAGCAGAGAGGAGGAGUACCGCUACCGUGCCAGACUCAACCGUGGAGAUGACCAUUCCCGUUAUGACGAUGAUAAGUACAGAUACAACAAGUACUCUGACUUCAGAUCCAAGUCUGACAGGGAUAGAGACGAUGGAAAACCAAAGGCAGAAAAUGAAACCAAACCCUUGAAAAAGGAGGAAGUGAAAGCAGAGCCCAAAAAGCUGGCUGAGGCUCCACAGAAGCCCUAUGACCCACCUAAAGUCCUGUGCGGACCCAGCCCUGCCAUGAGGGCAAAGCUUCGCAAGCAGAGCACUGAAACAGGAAAAACCACACCCAUAGCCACCCCUUCCGCAUUUGGAAAGUUCACAUGGAAGAAGAAGGAGAAUGUCUUGGCCAAGGAGGCUGAGAGAGCAGCUGCAGAGUUUCUGAAAGAUGAGGAGGAGACUAAAACCCUGGAUCAGAUUCCCGCAGAGGAUUCAUUUGCCAAGUCGAUGGCUGUUGCAAAAGAAAUCGCUCUGAAGCUGUCAGGUCAGAGUACCACUCCUCCCCCCUGGGUAUCACAGGGUGCUAACAGGGGCAGAAUACGACCCAAUCUUCCUGCACCCGCAAUGGUCCUCAGGAAAACGGCCAUGUUUGCUAAACCGGCACCUCUCAAUACUUUUCUCUCCAUCCGACCACAAAAUAGUAACACAGCUGAACCGCCACCUCUUGAGGAAACCCCUGUGGCCCCUGAGGCUAUAGUGAAAGCAUUUGAUGGACAGAACGUUCCUGUUGAAGGAGCUCCUAAGAUUGAACAAAAAGCCAAACCCAAUGAGAAAAUGAUGAUGAUGGAGUCCGAUGUAGCAGUCCCAGGGGUGCCUGAGAGCGAGCAGACUCUUGCAGUCUUCGUUAAACCCCCACCUUUUAUGAACAUGGGAGAUGAUGCCCUAAAGUCUGAAAAACUGAUGACAAACCUUGCUGCAGCCAAAGUCAAGGAUUUCCUCUCCAUCGGUCCGCAAAAUAAUUACAUGGCUGAACCUCCACCUCCUGAGGAAACCCAUGUGGCCCCUAAGGCUCUAGCAAAGGCAUUUGAUGGGCAGGAUGUACCAUUUGAAAAAACUCCUAAGAUUGAACAAAAAGCCAAACCCAAUGAGAAAAUGAUAAUGAUGGAGUCUGAUGUGGCAGUCCCAGGGGUGCCUGAGAGUGAGCAGACUCGUGCAGUGUUUGUUAAACCCCCACCUUUUAUGAACACGGGAGAUGGUGCCCAAAAGUCUGACAAACUAAAGACGAACCUUGCUGCAGCCAAGGCCAAGGAUUUAUUUGAUAUAUUUUACAGCAAUAUUGGCCAACCAGGCCACUCCGCCAUCACUAAACCAACAGCAGAGGCUAGAGCUCAAGGGAAUGACACAAAAAAAAAAGAGUUGCCACCUUCACGGGGCCUUAAAACACAACAAGCCUCCCAACCUCAGCCCCAGACAACACCACAAUCAAAACCAGACCAACCACAAACUCAGCCCACAUCAGCUCCUCAAACUGCUCCACAAAGUAAGCCAAUGCAACCUCAGCCAGUACCCGAAAAAAGACAGAUUAAGCUUUCAACAGCAUCUACAUCUGAGCUGGCUCAAUCUUACCUGGCUCCACAGUCUAAACCAACAGAAUCAGGGGCAGUUUUCCAACCCAAAAUCCAAAUUGAACCAGCUCCACAACUCAAAAGCCAACUUGAACCUAUUCCACAACCCCAUUCCCAAAAUAAUUCUGAGAAAGUGUCCCAAAGCCAGCCAGAGGCCUGUACUUCAAAGUCCCAACCAGCUGCACAAAAUAUACCUGCUGUAGAGAUACAAACUCCUCAGCCUCAACUAGCUCCACAAAUCCAAACAGAUCUCCAACCAUCUCAGGUCCCAUCGGAACCUGCUUCAGAAACCCAGACUCAGUCCACCUUACUGCAUGUUUUUACCCCACCUGAUGAUUCAGCUCUAAUGCCUGAGCCUGAACCUCAGUCUCAGCCAACCCCUAAAACUAAAACCAAGACCUCUCUCCAGAGCAAGAAAACGCCACCUCCAUCCCGCACAGUCCGACAAACCCGAUCCCAAACUAGGUACCAGACCCGACGACGGCAGCAACAGCAGAGCCAGGCUGAACCUGAAUCUGACAUGGUUUUAGAAGACGCUGAGCAAGAGACGCCAGACCUAAAGGUGCUAGAGGUGGAUCAGGGGGCUGGUUCAGUCUCGGAGGAAACACCUGCCAACGUUUGCUCGAUUGUAGAGAAUCCUGAUGAAACCAAGACCGUCACCCCUGAAACCUUGGGUCUCCCAUCUGACAUGAUGUCGCUUGGCUUUGAGUAUGAUUUUAACUUUGAAUAAAAGUUAAAUCCAUCAUGCAGCAGAGCUUGUCAAGAUGUUUUUCCACUCAAGGAUGUAAAAAAAGAAACGACCCCAGAAUCUUCUUGAUUACGAACUGGACUUGCUGGUAACUGCAAACAGUUGGGAGAGUGGAACUCUGAGACAUAAGACCCUCAUUGUGUUAAAAGUUGACACCACUGUUUUGGUCAUGCCUUAUUAAAGGUAAAUGUGUUCGUCCUUCUCAGCAACAUCUCCUCUGAAAGGUAAUGUACUAUACAUUGCUGUCAAUACUUUUGUUUUUCUAUCAAAGUUCAGAAUAAUGAGUCAAUUUCUUCUUUUUAUUUCUCUUUUAAAUAAAUAUAAAGUGUUUAGAUACAGGGACAAGAAGAAAACUACACUGUAAAGUUGCCCAGCAUGGAUCAAAAGCUAUCCCUGAAGAUGUUUGUUUGACUGCUGCACCAUUUAACAUGUUGCCCCUUCACAGCACUAUCAUUCAACAAUCAGACACCGGCAAAAUCCUUCAAGUCAUACAGAUAUAGAAUAGUAUUUUGGUUCUUCAAGGCUCCUUGGACGACUGUGCUCAGUGUCAUUCUUUGUGGCAUUUUCUAUUAUACUUGCCCUGUUGGAAAUGUUGAUUUAGUAGUUUAAAUAAAGUCUACA